AUGGCCACCUACGAAACCGCCGAGGACAAAUUCGUCACCAUUCAUGGCAUCAAGCACGCCUACCGCCGAUUCGGCCAGACCAGCGGCACGCCGCUGUUCCUCCACGUCCACUUCCGCGGCAACAUGGACUGGUGGGAUCCGGUCUUCGUCAACGACCUCGCGGCCCGGCGGCCGAUCCUGCUGGUCGACAACACGGGCGUGGGCCGCAGCGAGGGCGAGGUCGGGGCCACGUUCGCGGCGUGGGCGCAGACCAUCAUCGACGUGGCGGCCGCGCUGGACAUUCCGAAACUCGACGUCCUGGGCUUCUCCAUGGGCGGCUUCGUCGCGCAGCGCAUGGCCUUGCAGGCGCCGAGCCUGGUGCGUCGACUGGUCGUGGCCGGCGCGGGCCCUUCGGCCGGCGAGGGCGUCGUGGGCGGCGACCCGAAGCACUUCACCGAGGUCGCCAGCGCGUCAACCCCCGCCGAGUCGAACCUGGGCCUGAUGCACACGUUCUUCUCGCCGUCGGCGGCGAAACAGGCCCUGGCCGCGUCGUGGAUCGAGCGCAUGGAGAAGUCCCGCCCCCACCGCGCCCCCCUGCUCGACGCGGCGGGCACUUCGCGACAGAUCGCCGCCGUGCAGCGCUGGUUCUCCGGCGAUUUCCGCGACGAGGGCGCGUUCGACCAGCUCGACCGGCUCGCAGCGACGCCCACGCUCGUGGCCAACGGCUCGGACGACCUGCUCGUCCCCACGGAGAACAGCAUCGUGCUGUGGCGCCGCCUCACCGCCGGCGGGUGCGACGCCUCCCUGCACCUGUACCCGGACUCGGGCCACGGGUUUUUGGACGAGUACAACACCCAUUUUGCGCGGUUGGUCAAUGAUUUCUUGGACGAGUAG